AUGGCUCUCAACGGUAACCUCCGACAAACUCAACGCUUCAUCACAACCCACAAUGAAGAAGGCAAAGCAGUCGUCGACACAACAAUCAACUCAGAUGCACCCUUCUACGCCCUCCCCAACGGAGAAGCUCAUUUUGCUUUGGGCUACGCAACAAAACAAUUCCCUGCCGACCUGUCAAAAGACGUGUCGUCUUACCAAUCCUUUCUGAGCGACGCUCCAGGUCUCAGCGUCUCAACAGGCACUGUUCUGCGAUACGUGGAUAUGUGUCCUGGUCACAUGUCUCCCAUGCACCGCACCGUCAGUCUUGAUUAUGGUGUUGUGCUUGAAGGAGAGGUGGAGUUGAUUUUGGACUCGGGGGAUAAGAGAGUGAUGAAGAGGGGAGAUGUUUGUGUGCAGAGAGCUACUAUGCAUGCUUGGAGGAAUUGUAGUGAGACUGAAUGGGCUAGGAUGUUAUAUGUUCUUUUGCCAUCUACGAAGCCUGUUGUUGGUGAGAAGGAGUUGGGGGAGGAUUAUGGAAACAUGGUUGGCGUGAAGGCGUCUGAAUAG